GUCCUUGCUCAGCAUGGAAUAUAAGCAUUCACGAGUAUUCGGAAAGAUCAGAUGACAAAGCCGGUCCGAUUUUAUACACAUUCUGCUCCAGAGAAAAAAAUUCAACAAACACGCUCCCGUGGCAAAUGAAUAUCGUGGUCAUCAAGCUAAGAGCAAUGACGCAGACUCCWCCACAAUACUACAUCAAAUGGAGAUCAGAUGUUGAUCGUGCCCGACUGUCUGGAUCGACGGCCCAUACAGCCGCUGCCAGUGGAUCACUUAAAUUGGCAAACAAUUGGACAAUAUUAUUAUUUACCAUCAUAUUUCUUUACGUAAAACAAAUGAAAAACAGUUGAAUAUUUGUAUUAUYGCCCAUAUAAAUAAAGUGUUUUUUUACAUACCUACGUAGACUUAAGUACUUAAGUGUUAAGGUUUCUACAAAUAAUUGGACUAGAAAUUAUUAUUUCAGUUUUUGACUGUCAGUGUUUGAUUGAUUUCGUGCCAAAUUCUUAUGCAAAUAAUUCGAUUUGUCAUUUAUGAGUUUAUAGUUGUAGAUAAUCUGAUAUUUAUUUCCUUAAUAUUUCCAUAUCAUCUACUGAAUGGUAAAAUUAAUUACAAAAACCUACUUAUAUCUAUCAUUUUCUGUUCGCAUAAUCAUUAAACAACCGAUACUCAGUAAAAAUGUAUGAUAUGUCAUAUGAAUUAUUUUUAUUCUUAAACAUUAUUUAAAAUUCUAUUAUAUUCACGAAUAAAAUGAUACAUAUUUAUGUCACAACAAUAAUGUAUAAAAGUACGGAUAAUUGGAGAUCAUACAACUUAUUUGGAACUUAUCCUAGUCUCAAARAUAGUAUGAUACCUAAAAGUAUCUAAUUAUCAAUUUAAAAGUUAAUUCAAUUAGUGUGCACYUACUGCACCUCCUAUACCAUUUUGUUGAAUUUCUCAAAAAAAUKUAAUCAAUAUAUUUUUUUCUAACUUUAAAAAUUGAUUGAUCUGAUAGUUUUGUUAAUUUAGUUGAGUAUGCAAACUCUUUUAAAAGUACUAAAUGAUUUUUUAGAAUAUAAAUAAAGCUUAAAACAUCUACGUAUCCAAUUUAUAUUGGUUUUGUUUUCUCAUAAAUAUUUUAUGCAUUCAUUUUUAUAAAGACAAUGAGUUUAAGAGUUU